UGACGCAACGUAAUCCUACGUCAUAUGACAUGGACAACACAGUUCAAUUGAAUGUGUCAAGUUUAGACGUUUCUCUUCUCUGACAGGUUUGCUCCUAGAGCAGUGACAACAGACCCAGAGGCAAUGGAUGGAUUUUCUGUGACGAUUACAGAGGCAGUGUGUCUUGGGGCCAGCCUUGCCUUCUCAGGCAUCUGCUAUUAUCUCUACAGGAAGAGCCGGACAACAGCAGAUAAACUUGAUGAUGCUCCACACUUCACCAUAGAUGGGAAACUCAAAGAUAUUUUGAAAGCAACUCCAGGAGCGUGUCUACAGUAUGCUGUCAUUGAAGGUGCUGUGCAACCAGUAGGCGAGCCUCUGAGGAGUCACUUCCAAAAAGAAAUUUUCGGAGUGUUGCAGAAAUUCAUGUUGAGAGAACACAGGCUUGUGUGGAACAGCCUUUCAGGCAGUUGGAUAGACAGGGAGCAAGUCAUGCACCAAAGCGUGAAUUCAGUGCCCUUUGUGUUAGUGGGAUCAGAUGAGACUGCAGUCAGAGUCCUGUGCCCUUUGCAGGCCUCCGGAGUGCACAUGGAGAUUACCCAUGAGAAGUUUCACCAGGUCAAUUACAGCUUGGGUGACAUCGUAGGACAAUACUUCAGUGGGGAGAAGCUUAAAGGGCAACUGGAGACUGAGGAAAUGCUCAAAGUGGGUGCAACUCUCACAGGUGUAGGUGAGUUGAUACUGGAUACAGAUGACACCCUGAAUCUUCGACCCCCUUCUAACAGUGCACAGUACUUCUUGAGCAUCACGGACUCUGAUGCCCUGCGACAUGAUCUAGAGGACAUGGCUGUUUGGUGGAAGGCACUGACCGUUGCCUCUGCUUUGGCCGGUGCAGCGGUCCUCCUCUGGGUCGGUCGACGCUACUACAACCACUUAAAAGUUCAACGGGAGUGGGAGCAGUUAAGGAGGGAACAUGAGAGGCGUCGGGCUGAAGCCCGCAGGGCGCCUUCUGCUGCAGCGGACUCCGAGGCCCUUCAAGAUGUGGGCGAGAAUAACAUAGAGAAUGCCUGUGUGAUUUGCCUCUGUCAGCCACGGGACUGUAUUCUGCUGGACUGUGGGCACGUGUGCUGCUGCCACAGCUGCUACCAGGCCCUUCCACGGCGCCUAUGCCCCAUUUGUAGACAGAAUAUCAGCAGAGUGGUGCCACUCUUUCAUGUCUGAGGCACCUAUGAGACCAUUUGACCUCAGUGGAACUUAACCACCAUACAAACUGUACCAGCUUUACACCUCAAAGGUCUAAACUGCUGCACUCACACCUAAAAAAAAGGGCAAAAUUAACUCUUUGAAUCUCAUUACUGCCAACAAUAUACAUUUUCUUUUAAGGACUGUAUGUAUGUACUGUAUGUAUUCAGAAAAUGUGAAUUAUAACGAUACUGUGCAAAGUUGUUGUUCACUACAGAGUUUCAGUGAGUACUUUUACCUGAAAUGGUUAGAAAUACAAGAAAAUCAAGUAAUUGGAAAAAGCGUGUAAAUAUAUGCAAUAGAAAUGUUUAUUUUCCUACAUGUUUGUCAUGUGCCUUAUUCUGAUAAUUUAUAUGGCUGCUGCUGUCUCAGAGUGACUAACGAAUAAAUUAAAUCUGGUCAAAAGGAGCUAAGCUUUUGUUUCAGCCUACAUAUUUGAGUUACAUAAAGUAACUGGUGUAUGGAUGCAUUAGAGAUUCUAAUGUCAACUGACUCAAAGGGGAAUUCCACCAUUUUUAUAUACAUCAAAGUAUAUUUAUAGGUCUUCGGGAGUAUUACUGCUUAUGUCAAAACAGGUGUAUUAAGUCGCUGUGGCUCCAAAGGGAGUUACAUGAAAUCUGAUAAAUGUCCUCAAGUGAUGUCAUUAGAGUCAGUAUCAGGUUUUAAGACUACAAGUUUGAUAGUCUGGUGGAAAAAGUAAGUGAACCCUUAGAUUUAAUAACUGGUUAAACCUCCUUUGGCAACAAUAACCUCAAACAAGCUCUUGCAGUAGCUGCUGAUCAGACCUGCACAAUGUUCAGGAGGAGUUUUGCACCAUUCUUCCUGCUUCAGAAACUGCUUCAGCUCAGUCAUUCUCAGGAGGACAUUUAAGGAGAGUAACCACAGAACUAAGUUAUUUCCAUUUAUAGACCGUUUGUGUAACUGGGGGCUGAUGAAUAUCUAAACGCUGUAGCUCUGUAGCCUGUUCAGCUUUAGGCAAAUCAACGAAUUCUUGAUCCUAAGUCUCCUGAGAUCUGUUUUGUGUGGCAAGGUUCACAUCAGCAGACGCUUCUUAGCUUUAGUUAAUGUCAUGUACUGUAUGACUGUAAGAUCUGACUACAUAUUAAGACAAAUUUAUAAAGAAAUACACAUAAUUCCAAAGGGUUCCCGUACUUUCUUGCCACUGUAAAGAUGUCACAGACUUCAUUUAAUAAUAGUUGGAGAACUGUUCUGUAGCUAGUUUUUAGUUUUUAAAAUUAUGGCAAAAAGCAUUUCAUUAUAGAAUUUUUCUGGGCAAACUUAAAUUCUACAUGUAUAUAAUCCCCUUUAAGUCAUGAAUGUGAUUACUAACGAAGGCAGUUUUUGGCCUCAGACUGUAGUAAGGAUACAGAUCUGUAUGAGG